UGCAAUCACAGAAGGGUUUCAAUCCUCCAUUGUGCACAGUGUUUGUAUACUGGCUGGCUGGCUUCACGUUACAUCAAGUGCUCUACCAGUAUUGCCCCUACUGCUUGCUGAAGAGAAAUGGAUUGGUCUGAAACUAGUUUGAUUUUGCUGGUGCUUGCCCUGACUGUCCUGUUUGUUAUGAAUAGUGCAAGUUUCUGGAAGAGAGGCAGCAGAAAGGACAUCCCCCCAGGACCGAGGCCUUUACCUCUCAUUGGAAAUCUGCUCAUCAUGGAUCUGAAGAGGCCCUUUCAAACUAUCCUAGAGCUGUCAGAAACCUAUGGCCCUGUCUUCAGUAUUCAGAUGGGAUUAACGAAGAUGGUGGUGAUCUCAGGUUACGAGACAGUGAAGGAAGCUCUUGUGAACCAGGCAGAUGCAUUUGCAGAGAGACCUAAAGUCCCAUUUUUUGAAGCAGUAUCCAAAGGAAACGGUAUUAUUUUAUCACACGGGGAAAAUUGGAAAGUGAUGCGAAGAUUUACCCUCUCAACCUUACGAGACUUUGGAAUGGGCAAGAGGGCCAUUGAGGACCAGAUUGUUGAAGAGUGUGAAUAUCUGAUAGAGAAACUGGAAUCUCAGAAAGGAAAGCCCUUUGAGUCCACUACAAUAAUGGCUGGAGCAGUUGCUAAUAUCAUUGUAUCUAUAUUACUCGGAGAGAGGUUUGGCUAUGAAGACACACGAUUCAUUAGACUUCUAAAUUUGAUCAAUGAAAACAUCGCCAUUGCUGGAAGUGCCUCAAUUGCGGUCUAUAAUAUGUUUCCAGCCCUUGGAUUUCUCCUGAGGAGUCACAAUAUUGCUUUUCAAAACAGAGAUGAAUUUCAUACUUUUAUAGAAAAGACUUUUGUGGAACACCUCAAAACACUGGACAGAAAUGACCAGCGAAGUUUCGUUGACGCUUUCCUUGUAAAACAGCAAGAGGAAAAAAGUGACACCAAUGGUUAUUUCCACAAUGAGAAUCUAAAAACCCUUGUAGGUGAUUUGUUUUUUGCUGGCACAGAAACCACUUCCAACACGCUGUGCUGGGCCUUUCUACUAAUGAUAAAGUAUCCCCACAUUCAACAAAAAGUCCAGGACGAGAUUAAGAGAGUUCUAGGAUCAAAUCUACCACGCAUCGAACACCGAACUAAAAUGCCCUACACAGAUGCAGUUGUCCAUGAAAUUCAGAGAUUUGCUAAUAUCCUACCAAUGAGUGUGCCCCGUGUGACUACCGUAGAUGUCACUCUCAAAGGCUACUUCAUUCCAAAGGGAACCCACAUCAUCCCCUUACUGUCCUCUGUGCUGCAAGACAAGUCUCAGUGGAAGAAGCCAAACGAUUUCUAUCCUGAGAAUUUUCUGGACUCUGAAGGAAAAUUUGUGAAGAAGGAGGCCUUCAUGCCUUUUGCAGCAGGUCGGAGGAUGUGUGCAGGCGAAAAUCUUGCCAAAAUGGAGCUCUUCCUCUUCUUCACAAGACUCCUCCAGAAGUUCACAUUCCACCCUGCCCCUGGUGUUUCCAGCUCAGACCUGGAUAUCACCCCUGCAUCUGGGUUUACUACACCCCCAAAGCCCCAUCAGAUCUGUGUAGUGCCUCUGGCUUAGGGCUUCUAACCUGGUUUCCCUAUCUUAUCCGUGUAUGUCUUCAGGCCUCCCAUAUAAUUGUGCCAAUAGAGAGAAAUGCAGGCAGCCUUGAGCACACUUUGACCAGUGCUUUGUUACAGCUCUUUCCUGGCUCCCUUUUUGUCAAUGCGUAAUCCCACUAUUCCAGAGGUCUUAGUGGGGUUCCAAAGUUAUAACUGUGUUCAGUAUUUUCCAUUAUAUUUUAAAGUACCACAGGAAUCUC